UCCCUUGAUAGGCACAGUUCUCCCAUGGGGGGUCAGCAGUGUUUCUGAGCAUUCACUCUUUGGCUGCAUUUUUCUUCAUGGAUUUUCCCUGUAUUUUGUCAUCAGACCCUGGGCUGGUGGCAAGAAGUUCCACAAAGCUGGGGCCCUGCUGGAGGAAAAAGGUAGCAUUGAGCCAAUAAUCUUAUCAUGGUGUGUGACGGUGACACUCCUUUCUUGACUCUCACAAAGCCACCUUUGGAGUCAAAACCGGCCCUGAAUCGAUCCUAAUCAUUUAUUGCUGUCCGUGACUUUGUCACAAAGAUCUGAUGACCUGAAAUGGGAGGAGAGUCAAAAGGGCAGGGGCAGAGGAAGGGUAAAAAGCUGGCAAAGCAGCCCUGGCCUCUCAGGUGUGAGGAUUCCUCUCUGCACAGCCCACAGCAUGCUGGUGACACUGCUUCUCCCCUUCCUGUGCCUCCUGAGCCCGGCUGCUGCUGGGAAGCUGCUGGUGAUCCCCAUGGAGGGCAGCCACUGGCUCAGCAUGAAAAAAGUUCUGGUGGAGCUGAGCAAGAGAGGGCACGAAAUCGUGGUUGUCGCACCGGACAACAAAAUCCUGAUCGAUUCCGCAGAUGUCUAUGAACUGAAAACCUACCCUGUGCCAUUCACGAAAGAGGACAUGGAAGAACACAUACACUCUGCUAGUGCAAGAGCUUUCAGCCAAGAGCCUUUCUUGGUGAGAUUCUGGAAGCUUUUGGGAGAUUAUCGGAAGAGCGGGACUAUGUUUCAUGCUUCCUGCAAGUCCUUGCUGUACAACCAAGAGCUGAUGAAGUACAUCGGAGACAGUCACUUCGAUGCCCUACUCACGGAUCCCGUGUCACCUUGUGGGCAGAUCAUUGCCCUGCACUUCUCCAUCCCCAGUGUUUUCUUUCUGCGAAUGGUCCCGUGUGCCUUAGAUGUUCACGCAGCUCAGGGCCCGGACCCGCCGUCCUAUGUCCCACGCAUGUUCUCGGGAAACACGGACCACAUGACCUUCUCCGAGAGGGUGAGGAACUUCCUGAUUGCUCUUUCUGAGUCCUUCAGCUGCAAUAUUGCCUAUUCUCAGUUUGAAGAGCUGGCCUCAGAGUUCCUCCAAAAACCAAUGACAAUGACAGAUCUUUUAAGUCAUGGAUCCGUCUGGCUGAGGAGAAUUGACUUUGUCUUUGAGUAUCCCACGCCUGUCAUGCCCAACAUGGUUUUCAUUGGAGGCAUCCACUGUGGAGAGAAGAAGAAGCCAUUAUCUCAGGUGAGUGGCUGGCUGGGAGAGGGUGGUGGGAAGCUGCUGGUGAUCCCCAUGGAUGAGAGUGACUGGCUUAGCCUGCUCUCACUGCUGGUGGCCCUGAACCAGAAAGGCCACCAGAUUGUCACCAUGGCACCAGAAGCGAACUCGAGUCUGGAGGCGUGUGCACAUUACACCCUCAAAAGAUAUCCAGUGCCGUUAUGA